GCCGUCACUGCAGAUGUUCUUCUGAUGAACAAAAUCGGACUGGAUCCUGACAUCGACCACUGUUCCGCGAUGUCUUUGAUUGAACCGUCGCGAGAGCAAGGCAAGGAGAUCGUGUCGUUCACGUCGUUCUGUGGUGGCUUGCCUGCACCAGAGGACACGGACGUUCCGCUUGGGUACAAGUUCAGCUGGAGCCCAAAGGACGUUCUCACUGCUGCGUCGAACUCGGCGCCGUCCAGGCUUCGCGGCGAG